CGAUUGUUUAUAAAUAAUAAGAAUAACAAAACAUACGUAUUUUAUGGCUGCUUCGUGGUUGAAAGUAGUAAUAUUGUCAAGUGUAAUGUAACGUUGUAUGAAUGUUGACUCGCAAUAUUACAGUCCUCGUUAAGAGUCGUUUGUUGUAUUUGAAUAUUUUAUGCUAGGAUCAUUUGUUUGAACAUAGCAUAUGAUGUGUUUUCUCAUGAGACUUGUUUUACGUAUUCUUAUUCCUUGGACAGCUAACUGCGUGUGAAGUCAGAUAUUUUAUAUAGCUACACGUGUUAACGCAUUUUACCUUUCAGUGGGUGUUUUGUUUAUAUCAACUUAAUAAAAUGUCAUCUGAUGUGGAACAGAGUCCAACGAAAAUUGAAAAAGCUACAAAUAUUUUUUUGGCAUCACAAGAAGCAUCAGCUGCUAAUAUAGAUUGUUCAAGCAUAAGAAUAAAGACUGCUCUUGUCGACCCAGAUGAGAAGCAGUAUGAUCUCCUACAUCAGUAUCUUAAACAGCGCCUCGACGAUGGCAAUGGGGAGACCAUAUUUGAUAUUGGCCUGGGGGAAGAUGGGGGAGAGAGCGGUCUGAAGCCGGACGAGUACGACGCGUCGUUGGCGACCUUGCAGUCCCUGGCCAGCACUCUGGGCGCCGACUGCGUGCUGCUGCGGCAGAGGAAGAUGGAGCAGGGCCAGACGGGGCAGUACCUCGUGCGCAGAAGGGUCGACAUAGAGGACUUCAUGGAGAUCAGGGUGGCCGUGGUGGGCAACGUCGACGCGGGGAAGUCCACGCUGCUGGGGGUGCUCACUCACGGGGAGCUGGACAACGGGAGGGGCCACGCACGACAGAGGCUGUUCCGCCACAAGCACGAGAUGGAGUCGGGCCGCACCAGCUCCGUCGGGAAUGAUAUCCUGGGCUUUGACAGUUGCGGAAACAUUGUUAACAAGCCAGAGCAUGGGUCCCUGGAUUGGGUGAAGAUCUGCGAGAAGUCCUCGAAAGUGAUAACUUUCAUAGAUCUCGCUGGUCACGAGCGCUAUCUCAAAACAACCGUGUUUGGCAUGACGGGGCACGCUCCAGACUUUGGCAUGCUGAUGGUGGGGGCCAACGCUGGCAUCGUGGGCAUGACGAAGGAGCACCUGGGCCUCGCCCUGGCCCUCAGCGUGCCGGUGUUCGUGGUCGUCACCAAGAUAGACAUGUGCCCGCCCAACGUGCUGCAGGACACCCUCAAGCUGCUGGUUCGCAUCCUCAAGUCCCCCGGCUGCCGCAAGGUGCCCGUCAUGGUCAAGAGCGGUGACGACGUCAUCAUCAGCGCCACCAACUUCGUGUCCGAGAGGUUAUGCCCCAUAUUCCAAGUGUCCAAUGUAACUGGGGAGAAUCUUGAGCUGCUGAAGAUGUUCCUGAACCUGCUGAUGACACGCCAGGUCAGCCGCGAUGACGAACCAGCCGAGUUUCAGAUCGAUGACCUCUACUCCGUGCCGGGUGUGGGCACAGUGGUGUCCGGUACCACGCUCAAGGGCGUGAUCCGUCUGAACGACACCCUGCUCCUGGGGCCUGACCCGCUGGGGCACUUCAUCCCCAUUGCGGUGAAGAGCAUUCACCGCAAGCGCAUGGUGGUCAGGGAGGUGCGCGGCGGACAGACUGCCUCCUUCGCUCUCAAGAAGAUCAAGCGCAACGCCCUGCGUAAGGGCAUGGUGAUGGUGUCCCCAGCGCUGAAUCCCAAGGCAUGCUGGGAGUUUGAGGGGGAGAUCCUGGUUCUGCACCACCCGACAACCAUCAGCACUCGCUACCAAGCCAUGGUGCACUGCGGCAGCAUCCGGCAGACGGCAUCCAUCUUGUCGAUGUCGCAAGACUGCCUGCGCACCGGAGACAAGGCGCUGGUGCAUUUCCGCUUCAUCAAGCACCCGGAGUACAUCAAGGCCGGCCAGAGGAUGGUGUUCCGGGAAGGACGUACGAAGGCGGUGGGCAAUGUGUUACGCAUCAUACCACAGGCAAACCCUGGUGCUCAGAUGUCUCGCUCCAAGCCCAACAAGAUGCAGUCCAGGCAACAGCAGGCCUCCCACUCUCAGCAGCAACAGCAGCACACGCUGGCGUCGUCUGUAGGUCUGCCACAGGCUGUCGAGCAGUUGUCAUCAGUGGGCGUUACAGACGCAGAUUCUCCGUUCGAGGUGACAGCGGACAAGCGGGAGAACAUGCCGCAGCGCUCGGGGCGCAAGAGUCGUGGUCGCAGGGGGGGCAGAGGCCGCUCGGGCGGGCAAGGGGCCAGCGCCGGCAGCAGUGCGGGCGGACCCAAGCCUCUGGGGGAGCAGAACCCGGUGGCCACUCGCCCCAACAAGGCUUGAGCCGGUCCCAGCUCCUCGUUUGCGUUUUCAAAGGUGGACGUAUAGUCUCACUUUGCGAUCUCAUUACCCCAGACAGCCUUGUUUUGCCUGUCGCAGAUGUUCGUGCCCCAGGAUGUUGAAGGUUGCUGCAGGUGAGCAAGUGUGAUGCAGGCAGAGCUCUGGUUACCUCCCAUAAGACCAUAAGCAAAGUCUUAAAUUGAGAUGUGUGUGUGCUACAAGUUAAAGUGGAGCACAGUUUAGAAACAAGAGUUCCUUAGUUAUAUGUUUAUAAGCAAGUAGCUACAGCAUCUUGUCCUCUAUGCACGUACUGGUAUUGUGAAGCAGCAGAAACGUGAGUAUCCAGACACAACCAUUGACAGUUUUACAGCAGUGCUUCAGAUUCUUUAUGGUGUCAUUUACCUAUAUAAUUAUAAUUUUAGAAAGCACCAUUUUCAUAUCAUUUUCCUAAAUGAAUGUCACGUUAGUGUAAAGUUUAAUCACCACAAGGUGGUUCUUUAGUGGAUUAUCUUUGUUUCCUAUUUUGUACUUUCUGUUUGACACUUUUAAAAGUACUGCUUUGAAUUGGUUUGAAAUUUUUUUUAAUGUGCUGGAUGCUUAUUUUUUGUGUAAGCAGUUCAUGUUUUCUUCUUUAAUACAGUUAUUUGUAACUUAUCACAUAUAAUUCAGUGUAAUGCGUUCAACUUCCUGUACUUAUAACUCUGGUAACUUGGGAACUGCCUGUGCCAAUAUUGUCUCACUACCUGAAAGUUCUUACUAUUUUGGUAGAAAUUUUAAAUGGAGCUGCACAUAUAAUUUGUUAAUCCUUGUAAGAACUCAUGUGGAAACAUUGGAAAAGUGAUGUUAAUAUUGGUGUGUUUUUAUAACUAUAUCAGAUAGGAAUAAAAGCAUGAAACAUACUUAUUUGCUCUCUUUCCAUCAGUAUGGAUGGUAUAUGCUGCACACACACACACACAUAUAUACACAAUUUUAUUAUAAGUCUAACACUAUAACAAAGAUAAAGAGACAGGCAUUAUUUUUUUUAAUUACUUGACCUAUCAAUAAAGUGUUUGCGUGUGAUUGUUAUGUUGUAAUUGGUGUGCAUUCAAUGUUAUGCAUGUCCUACUAAUUUACAUUUUUUAAAAAAAGAACAAAGCAUGGUACCAUAUUUUUUCCCCAAUUGUUUUAGUACCCUCAUGUUUUCACAAAUAUGGUUUGUGUAUCAUGUAUAAGUGAUGUUUUAAUUAAAAAAUAAGAAAGAUAUUUUACUUGCUCCUUCAGAAUGUAAUGACAAAUUUCUCUGACUACUAAAUUUAGUAGAAGUGGGGAAAAAAAUUUCUUUAAGGGUGAAUUUGGUUCAAGGUUAACGAAGACUACAGUACGCAACAGAAUUAUCAGCAGCCUGAAUUUACAUGCCUUUAUAUUUUAACUAAAAAAAACUGCUAUAUCUGAACUUUUUACUAUGUAACUUAAAUUGUGUAGUCCAAAUUAAAUGUAAAAUAAUUGUGUCUAUGAUGCAGUUACACCAUUGUCAAAAUCUAGCUCCUGUGGUAUUACAAGUUUGUAGAUGUAGCAAUAUGACAAUGUUCAGAAGUAUUAUAGAUGUGCUAGUUUUAUUGUUCUAUGUAUUUCUUCUGUUUACAUUGACACACAACUCUGCCAUUAAUUAAACCUCCCAAGCAAUCAGCAUGGGGCUCUGUAAACACAGGGAUUAAAAUUCACAUUGAGUGGAUCUGCAAAGCUCUUUAUAUUUGAGUCAAGCUUAAGUUCUAUGUGAGAGUGUUAUGAAAUGUUAUGCAAGUGCAUGAAGGUGUUUGCAAUAUUGUUGCUCUAUCUGUAUUUAUAAAUUUUUAAAUAUAAAAAAGUGAAAAGUGUGAUAGAUAUAAUUUUUAAAUACCAUUGUAAGCAAGAAAUUUUAAUUGGCAUCUUUCAACAAAUAGAAGAAAAUUAAUAUUAUUUAGCUGGAAUGAUGUUCAUCAGUGACUGUAUUUUUGGUACAUUUCAUUUAGCCCAGACUAAUUAGAUGAGAAAUGUUUAACUGAAUUUUGGUACAGUGUUACUGUUGGCUUUAAUGAACAUAAAAUCCUAGUAAUUUC